GUCCGCAGCGUCGGGUAGGCUACAAUGGAGCUGACAGCUCGACGCUAGCAGGGGCAGCGCCAGACCAGGAAAGCACCAAGCGCACAGCCCGGAGAUACGCACCUGGUGUCACCACAUUCUAGGGCCCAGACGGCAGGCCCAAAGACACGGCACUGGGCAGGCAUCCGACAGCAGACGGAACUCUCAUCUCAGACAGAAUUCCAGACGGAACAGUGAUCCCAGGCGGAACAGCUAGGAUUCUAGGGGUGCUUCAGCGAUGUGGAACUCUGAGGAGGUGGUGGUGGUGAAGGCGGAACAGCUAGCCUUAGCGUCGGCAGGCCAGUCUCUGCAGCAGGUGGCUGUACUGCAGGAGGGCGCAGUGGGGGAGAGCCAGGCCUACGUUCUGCAACAGGGUUCCGUGCUGCCCCAGACCCCCUUCCUCUGCAUCUCCGUACUGGAGAAGGAGCCCCAGGAGCACGAGGAGGAGGAGGAGGAGGAGGUGGACAGACACACCACGGAGGACACGCCAGCGUCAUCAGGGGAAGCUGUGUCCAUUGAGGCGGGCGGAGAGGCUGACCAGAGCGCAGCUGGCGGAGUGGAGACGGAGACGGAGACAGGAGUGUUAGAAGGUUCCGGAAGCGCGGCGGAGGAGCCAGAGGAGCAGGCGGAGGAUGACCCCGACUACGACCCGGCGUGUGACCCGCAGGGGCAUCGCGCGUUCCAGUGCCAUCACUGCCAGCGACGCUUCUCCACGCGACAGGGCCUGGAGCGGCACACACACAUCCACGCCUCCACUGCUGCCGCCGUCAACACACACACCCUCAAGUGCAGAUUCUGCACCAAGACCUUCGGCACGCAGUUCGGCCGGCGCCGGCAUGAGAGGAGGCACGAGAGCGAGAGGAAGAGGCUGGGGCGGACCGGUUCCUCUUCAGCACCGACCCGUCCUACCUCAGCACCGACCUGCCCGGUGAACGCCCCUGCAACAUCGGAAUCAGCUACGUCCGCCCCGCACCUGAAAAUAGCCCCGGCGGUGAAGAUUCUUGCGGCGGUGCGUAAGACGGCUCUGGGGGACGCGGCUACGCGCGUUCGUGGAUCGGAGGAGGGUGGGGAGCAGAGGGGCGCUCACGUCUGCAGACACUGCCGCAAGGUGUUCGGGACGCACACCAACCUGCGGCGACAUCAGCGCAGGGUGCAUGAGCGCCACGUGCUGCUCAGCCGCCUCACCAGCGCAAGGGCACCCCCGGUGGUGGGGCAGAAAACUGCACCCAACCAGGAGGCUCUCAGCUCCUCUCCCCCAGCGGCGAGUCCAGCCCCGGGGGGAAGUGGGGGCGGGGAGGAGGAGGUGGAGCGCGAGGAGUACAUGGUCGACAUCUCCAGCAACAUUUCAGAGAACCUCAGCUUCUACAUCGACGGCAAGAUCGUCUCCACCAGCGCCAUCAGCAGCUGCGAGGUCGUAGAGGUCAACUCAGGCUCCGCAGCUGUGAUUGGUCUAGACACCCUCAUCAUCAACCCCGCCCAGAUCGCUCAGGCACUCAAAAUGCAGUCAGCCGUAUCCGGAUCACGUGACAUCCCCGGCGGCCAAUCAGCAUCUAGGCGUCGGACGGCCACGCCACCGCUGCUGCCGCAGAUCAAAACGGAGCUGGAAUCGGAGCCCAUCCUCACCACCACCUCCUCCUCCUCCACCCCAGCCUCCUUCCUCCCGCCUGCGUCGGCGGUGGGCACAGUGGUGGGCACAUUGGUGGGCACGGUCCUGUCCCAGUCAGCGGACCCCGGUGGCACUCAGAAGGAGAAGACAGUCUACCUGUCGCCGAAGCUGAAGCAGCUCCUGCAGACGCAGGACGGGUGCCAACCCACCUUCGCCCUCAUCAGCGAUGGCCACCGGCUUGCCCCCCCUCUCUCCCUCACCGUCCUACCCUCUACCUCUGGCCGCUUCAAGAGGCGCACAGGGUCCCCCCCCAGCAAUGGGUCGCCCCCCAUCACCAUCUCCUCGCAGCAGAGCCCUGCUGGGGCAACUGAGAAUGGAGGGGUAACAGAAUGCCCCCAGGAGCAGGCACCUGUGGCCCAGUGUAGUUCUCCACCACUUAGUCUCACCUGCAAAGGCGAUCUGGAGCAGUCAGAUCCUGGAGGAACAGCGUCAACCGUGGCCCCGGUCCCCGUCCAUCAGAACCCACCUCUGGACUGGUCCGAGCCCAGGACGGGCGGGAGCCCGUGUAACCAGCAGCCUCUGGACCUGUCCAGCGCUGCCGUGAGCCGCAGGGAGGGCAGCGAGGAGCUGGGCGAGGCUGCCCUGGAUCUGAGCAUGCCCGGUCGGGGCACAGAGGAGGGUGAGGGCAGUGGCGUGGUGUCGUCUGGUCCACUGCAGCUGCGGAAGACCAAGCCCAGCUCUAGCAUGCUGCAGCAGGUCUUGAUGAGCGACUAUGCCAGUGUCCCAGCACCCGUCGGAGACCAGGGCACGAAUGUUGCUGCCCUAGUGACAGAUGUUGCCAUAGUAACUGCUGCCAGCGUGGUGCCUGCUGACCCCGAGAGGCUGGUGGCAGAGUUGGCACUGCCCCCCGAGUCCUCCCUGCUUCCCUCUGCACCCUCGCUCGCCCCCAUCCCUGUCCUCGCCACACAACCAUCCUCCCCCUCUAGUGCCCCCGGCAACCCCACCCCUCCGGUGCUGCCCUCUGCUUCCUCGUCCGUCGUCAUGGUUACGUCAACCCCUGCUCAGCUCCUGCCGGUGAGCUCCACCACCCAGCCCGUGCUGGCCCUCCUGCCUACGGAAGCUUCCACCAGUGGAGCAGAGACAGGCACUGAUAAAGCCCCACAAGGGAACGAGGCCCAGGUGAAGACAGUCCUGCCAAACUGGCGAGGUGCUGUCCCCAUCUGUCUGAGUAGUGCUGAAUCUCUCCAGAACCAGACUUCCGCUGGAGGGCCGCCCGUGGGUGAAAUGUCCCUUGCAGGCCCCACUACUGACUUGCUCUCUCCGAUCCCAACACUACAGGCGUUCGCCGCGUCCGUGAACGAGCCUGCCAUUCAGUCAUACAGUAUCAUCCCCAAUGCAGUGGUGAUCGAGUGUACAGUCUCUCUAGAGUCCUCACAGACAUUUGUUCCCACCUUUCCUGGGAGCACCAUAGAGUCUCCCUAUGGUAAAAUCAUUCUUGGGCCUUCAGAGCAUCUGCAGCCUUACACUACACCUCAGCUUCAAGCCCCUAAACCUACAGCACCCCUUGCUGCACCGGCUCCAAACACUGACCCCCCUUCACAAUCCGACCCCUCCUCGUCUACUGCCCCCCCACAACAGGAAACUGCCCCUUCAGCUCCUUCCUCCAUCAAAGAUGAGUCCAAGAGCAGUGACGGUGAGCCAGUGGAGUCAACCACUCUGCCCCCUGCUGCUCCGGAGGCCUCAUCCCAAGCAGAGGAGAAAGCAGUCAAGGAGGAGCCAGUGCUGGUGAAUCCUCUGGGCAACAACUUCGUGUGUAACGUCUGCUCCAAGCCCUUCCCCUCCAUGAAGGAGCUGGGCCGGCACAUUGGCGAGCACUCCGAGGCGUGGCCCUACAAGUGUGAGUUCUGCGUCCAGCUGUUUGAGAGCGCCAAGCUCUUCCUGGACCACCGCUCCACCUACCACGGCAUCGGGAAGAUCUACGUGUGCUCUGUCUGCUCCAAGGACUUUGCCUUCCUGUGCAACCUGCAGCAGCACCAGAAGGACCUCCACCCAGGCCAGACCUGCUCCCACACGGAGGUGGAGGACGGCAGGCUGCGGCCACAGAACUACAACAGCCCCAACAAAGACAGCACGGCAGCAGGACCGGAUGCCACCUCUGACUCCAGCCUGCAGGAGAACGAGAGGGUGACCCGCAAGAAGGCGGCCAAGAAGGAGGAAGAGAAGGAGGAGAAGGAGGAGGAGUUUGACACGGCCACUGAGGAGCUUUACACUACGAUAAAAAUCAUGGCAUCGGGAAUGAUUCGAUCCAAAGGUCCGGACGUGCGUCUGGGCAUCAACCAGCACUACCCUAGCUUCAAGCCGCCGCCCUUCCCUUACCACAACCGCACGCCAACCGGCUCCGUCGCCUCUGCGACCAAUUUCACCACCCACAACAUCCCUCAGACCUUCAGCACGGCCAUUCGCUGUACCAAGUGCGGCCAGAGCUUUGACAACAUGCCCGAGCUGCACAAGCACAUCCUGGCCUGUGCUAACGCCAGUGACAAGCGCCGCUACACGCCCAAGAAGAACCCCAUCCCACUAAAGCAGUUCGCCCGGGCGCAGAAUGGUGUGCUCUCACCAACCACGGCUGCCAACAUCCGCCAGAACAUCUCUCGCAAGGCUGGGCAGGGGGGCAAGCGGCAGAACGUGAGCCAGGAUUCCUUGGCCAAGCUGAAGCUGAGCGCACUAAACAAGAGGAAGGCCCAGCUGGUACAGAAGGCGGUUUCCCAGAGGAACAAGUCUGCUGCUCUGCCGAAGAGAAGCUCGGGGACUGGGGAGGAAGAGCAGGGAAGUCAUGUAUGCCCCCACUGCCGGCGGGAGUUCACCUAUCGUGCCAGCCUCAGCAAGCACAUCGCACUCAGCUGCCCCAACAAACCCGUCUCCAAGAAAGCCCGGAAGAGGAAGGAGGGAGUGGGAAUGUCCCUCGUUCAAGAGAACAAUGCCAACGUGCGCAGACGUAGUCCAGAUACCGUGGGAAAACAGCAGGGGGCACUGCAGCCCCAGAGAGCCAAGCCAGUCGUUUCGGGAGCUGGAGACCAUGCUGGACUGCCUCAUCUUAAUAAGGGUGACAUGAAGAGGUCGGCCAUCUUAAUAGCAGCACCGGCCCACCCCAUAAAGAGGAGCAAAAAUGGGCCCUCAAGCGUCCUGUCCCCGAUCCCACAGUCCAACUCCCCACAUCGGCUGGGCCGCCCACUGCAGAACGGAGAAGAACCCAGAAUCCAAACCCAGAACCUUCAGACCCAGGCUGCACAGCAGUCGAUCCCCAUCAGGGUGCGGGAGAGGAAGGGGGGGCCUGUGACACGCAGCCUUCAGCAGGCGCGCUCUAUGGUGCCCCCCUCUGGUCAGGUGGAGGCUGGAACUGCACCCCAGCCUGAAGGGCCUCAGGUGGCAUUGGCAGGGAGGAAAUAAGGCCUCUGCUCCUGGACAGGGCAAGGGCAACAGGGAGAGACCCUUGGAGCAAGACGAGGGCAAAAAGAAGCCGACUCUUUGGGCAACAGGGAUAGACCCCUGGGGCAAAAUAAAGGCAAGAAGGAGCUGACUAUUGGGGCACUGGGAUAAAAUGAGGGCAACAGGGAGAGAUCCCUUGGGCAAAAUGAAGGCAAGAAGGAGGAGGUUGACUCUUGGGUCACUGGGACAGGACAAGGGCAACAGGGAGAGACCCCUGGGACAAUGGACAACAGGGAGAGACUCCUGGGACAAUGGACAACAGGGAGAGACCCCUGGGACAAUGGACAAGAGGGAGAGACCCCUGACGCAAGAUGAGGACAAGAAGUAGCUUGGGGCCCUGGAGCAAAGGGAGGACGGGGGUGUAUGUGAGAGUCAGAUAUGGGCUCCAUCCAUGGCAGAGCCAGCUGCUAAGACAGGCACUGAACAUCUGAAAGGAUAGUAUUAACACUUACAUUACACUUCAUAGCCUUUAUUUAUUUAUUAGCUGGUGGUCGCUAAGGCUAUCAGUGGUGGGAGCCCUUUGUGAAGGACACAAGAGAACAGACUAGGAAUUUUAAAGAUUUUUGUUUUUUUUGUCAUAUUUAAGUAAAGGAAGAGAAAGCAAAAUGAAGACCUGGGAUAUUCUGGAGGCUGUUAGCGACUCUGUGGACACUUUAUGAGUGUGUGAUUGCACAGUGGAUGAUUAUAGGGACACAGGGUAGAAUGAAAGAUGGGUGUGUAUGUGUGUGUGCUGUGGGUGGGUACUAAGGUCUUAGGUCAGAGGAUAAGGGUAAGAGAACACAGUAGCAACUGCCCCUGGUAUCGAUUUGGCUCUGACAAGGCGCUUGAUCCAUGCCCACAGAAGGCACUGGCUAGGGCAAUAGUUUUAUUUCCUCCUGGGCCGUGCACUUUAAUAAUUUAAAUGAUCUUGGCAACUUUAUUAUUGUUUAUACAUGGAUAUUGUGACAAAUACAUGGAUGUUAUGACAAACAAUCAAAGUUAAAAAAGACAAGUCCUACCUGACAGGGUUUAAGACUAAUGUGAAGUUCCAAGUGUGUGUGUAUCAGCAGUAGGCAAUCAUGUCUGGUAGUGCUGGAUGAGUAGUUCUGAUUUUAAUGUUUGAUUCGCCGUGUACAGUCUGGGGUUUGUUGUCUUGUCUCUUCAUGCAUGUAAAUGGGUCACAUGUCUUCAUUAUGAAUCCCGCCCACUAGGUUUCUGUAACACUGCGAUGGAGGAAGAAGGUCCGAACUGGAAGCACUCACUCAUGGCUCAGUCAGAACUGGAUCAGCGCUCGCUCGGACAAGCCCGUCCAUUGGUCUCAGAGUGCACAGACCGCUUCAGUGGCAAAACCUGAUAUUUAGAAACAGAGGCAUUGGCCAACAGACUCCUGUCUCUGUCCCGUUACUCAAAUCCAGAUUCUGUAGCAGUCAUUUGAAUGAAUGCCUAUUCUUUAAAUAGCAUUAUACCCUCCUAAGAGGUAAAGUACUGUGUAAUCAACACAAACAUGUUGACAUUCAGCAUAUAAAAGAUCAAGAGUUGUCACUUUUUCUGAUUGUAUUUUGUAUUAUGUUAGUAUUGACCAAAAUGUUUCUAAAAUAGCUGCACCUUCAAAGAAACCAAGGUUUGCAGAUCUUCCCUUUGUAGUUGUUUCUGUAAUAGCAUAGUACCAGUGGGUGAAUGUGUAACUCCUGGUCAGAACAUUACCAGAGUGGUCUAGGACAGAACUGAAUAACAGGAAACGGUCAUCAGAGUGGUCUAGGACAGCAUUGAAUAAUGGUCAUCAGUGUAUUAUUAAGUUGUGUGGCCUUAGCCUUAAAGUCUAGAAGGGUGGAGGUCAGGUACGCAUGUGAAACUGAUACCUGUCUGUGGAGAGCGAGACACAGUAGAGCUCAGACCUGAUGUCCUGAUUGGCUGUGGAGGGAGCUGUAGAGCUCAGACCUGAUGUCCUGAUUGGCUGUGGAGGGAGCUGUAGAACUCAGACCAAUGAUACAGGAACACAGGAAUAACCUCUGCUGUUAGUGUAGGAAUGACUUCUGUUAGUACAAUAAUAGCUAUUACAAUAAGCACAGGAAUAAUCUCUACCAUUAGUACAGGAAUGAUUCAUAUUAUUAAUACAGGAAUAACCUCUGCUGUUAGUACAGGAAUGGCUACUGUUAGUGCAGGACUAACUACUACUACUAGCACAGGAAUCACCUCUAUGGUUAGUGCAGGACUAACUACUCAUGCAAUGAGAGGAGCAAUAGACCUCUGAAGUUCGCCUACAAAAAGGAUCCAAAGCUGCCAUUUUUGCCCAUAUAAGGAUAUCCGGGUGUUAAUUAAAGCUAACUGCCUAUGGCAAGAUGCAUCGCAAGUUAGCUCUGGGGUAGCAAAAAUCAAA